AACUAAAGAUGGGGUUGUGUAAGAUUUCAUUGCCACUCCUUGUUGGUCUCAUGGGGUUAGCUCUAGCUCACACCUGCUAUGCCCAGAACUCUCCACAGGACUACGUCAAUGCUCACAAUACAGCGCGGGCACAAGUUGGUGUUGGGUCUAUAACAUGGGACGACACUGUGGCUACCUACGCCCAGAACUAUGCUAACCAGAGGAUUGGCGACUGCAAUCUAGUGCAUUCAGGUGGGCCUUACGGAGAGAACCUUGCCUGGGGCAGCCCUUCAUUGACAGGCACCGAUGCAGUGAACAUGUGGGUGGCCGAGAAGCCUUAUUAUGACUACAACUCCAACUCAUGCGUGGGUGGGGAAUGCCUGCACUAUACUCAGGUUGUUUGGAGCAACUCAGUGCGUCUUGGGUGCGCUAGGGUUCAAUGCAACAGUGGAGGGUGGUUCGUCACAUGCAACUACGAUCCACCGGGCAACUAUCAGGGACAACAUCCUUAUUAAACCUCUUGGAACUACCUCUAAGCAAAGUACUACAUUUAUGUAAUAUACUGAUCAGGAUAUAUACCAUAGGUCAGUACAAAUAAAACUUUGUGCGUUUAGUUGACUAAGGAAGACAUAAUUAAGGUGGCUUUUCAGUAAGAUCUUGCUUUAUUCUCCUUCUGUACUGAAGAGAGAUGCUUAAUUUCCAAGUACAAUAAAUUCAUAGUUAUACUUCAAA